CACGAUCUAUUAAAAUUAUUGUAUAUAGGUAGGAUAAAAAAUUUUUAAAAACCGAACAAAAUAAAGUAAUUACAGCAUCUCUAACAAGAUCGUAUUUUCCUGAAGGUGGUUAAGCCAUCGUACCGGAACCUCUAAACGGAGGGUCCUAGGCAGUACAGAGGAGUGACAGCAACACCGCCACGCCGGCAGAAAAGCCUGUUUUGGUCUCCGCCCUGUUCCUCUUGUUCCUUCUAACCGCUUCCCUCCUCGCCAAUUCCGGAACGGAACUCUUUUUUCAUUCUCCCCAGUUUAAUUGUAGGACCAAUUUCAUCAACACAAUCCGGAGUGGUCAACAUGGCGGCGGCCGUAAGGUGCCUCGGGAGAGUCUUGAUAUGUCAUCAGAGAUGUCAUCUUUCCAAGAUGAUUUAUCAGAUGUCUCUUUAUCCUUGUUCUUUAAACAUUCAAGUGCCCAACAGACAUUUUGCUGCUGCUGCUACAAAGCCUGCAAAGAAAACAAAAAAAGAUACCAAAGAAAAAGCGACAGAUGAAAAAAAAGACGAGAUAGAAAAAAUAAAAUCAUAUUCCUACAUGGAAGGUGAACCUGAAGAUGAUGUCUAUUUAAAACGCUUAUACCCAAGGCAGAUAUAUGAGGUGGAGAAAGCUAUUCAGUUACUUAAGAAAUUUCAAAUUUUGGACUUUACUCAUCCAAAGCAAGGGGUUUAUCUUGAUUUGACACUGGAUAUGGCAUUGGGGAAAAAGAAAAAAGUGGAGCCAUUUGCCAGUGUUAUUAGUUUUCCAUACCCAUUUGCAUCAGAAAUCAAUAAAGUUGCUGUAUUUACUGGGAAUGCAUCAGAGAUUGAAAUAGCAGAAGAAAAUGGAGCUGCGUUUGCAGGAGGAACUAGUCUGAUUCAGAAGAUUUUGGAUGAUGAAGUUCAAGUAGACUUUUAUGUAGCUGUUCCAGAAAUAAUGCCUGAGCUUAAUCCAUUAAGGAAGAAACUGAAAAAAAAGUUUCCUAAGCUUACUAGAAAUUCCAUUGGCCGUGACAUCCCUAAAAUGCUUGAAUUAUUUAAAACUGGACAUGAAAUUCACGUAGAUGAAGAAAGGGAGAACUUUCUCAGUACCAAAAUAGCCACAGGUUAACUGAGCGAGGAGUUCAGAGAAUCAACCCAUACCAUGUUCUUCUUUUUUCUCCUCAGGCUUCCUGGGCUUUAAUGUGGGCUGCCAUGCCCACCUCCCCCAACCCAUAGUUGCAGAUGGACAGCAUGCCUUUAUUUUAUUUUUAUGUGGUGCUGAGGAUUGAACCCAGUGCCUCACACAUACAAGACAAGUGCUCUGCCACUGAGCUAUAGCCCCAGCCCAUGCCAUGUUCUUUUUAAUGCCUGCAUAUUUUAGAUAGCUAUGUAAUCUGUUUUAUUCUUCUGAACAUCCUGAGUCUGAUCUGUCCACCUGUUUUUUUGGUACUACGGAUUGAACCCAGGGAUGCUUAACCACUGAGCCAUAUUCCCAGCCCUUUAAAUUUUUUUUUUUUUUUUUUUUGAGACAGGGUCUUGCUAAGUUGCUUAGAGCCUCACUAAGUUUCUGAGGCUGGUCUCGAACCAGCGAUCCUCCUGCCUCAGCUUCCAGAGCUGCUGGGAUUACAGGCAUGUGCUCCUCAAAUGGCUUGUCUGCUAUUCUCAUUCCUUUUCUAUUCUCAUUCUUAGCCCUGCUCACUCUGAUCCUUCACCACUCUUUUUUUGGGGGGGUGGUCUCCUGUUGGUUCCCUUUACUAUGUACCUUGUAUAACUUACCUGUAUCAUAUGUGCUGUUUACUAGUACCUGCUGAAUGAAAUUAACAAGAAUCGUGGUCACCGAAGGAUGAUUACAUUGAAGUGUUGUAAACAUUAAAGUGUUUAUAAUGCAGAUUCCUUUCUAACUACUGAAAAUAAAACCUUUCCUAUCCCAUAUUUGGGACUGAUUUUGUCUCACCCAUGAAAUAUCAGAGACUUUUAGUGUAUAAGUUCUGUUUAACAAAUAUUUAUUGAGUACUGAUUGCAGUAGGCACACUGCUGGUGACAUGACAUUUUUCUUUUUAAGAAGGACACACCUAGUGGAGGAGAUAGAUACAAAAGUAAAUUACAUGUGAUAAGUAUAGCAGUAUAUAAAUGUAUAUGUAAGAUAUAGAAGUUACAGAAAAGCAAUGAUUAAUGUAAUCAUGGCAUGGAGUAGGCCAAGGAUGGCUUCUUGGAGGACUUUAAAAAUAUACUCCAGGUAAAUUAAGGGUCAUUACUCUUAUUUCAAAAUAAUAUACAAGACAAAGAAUGGGCUACCACACAACUAUAUUGAUUCAGCUAUUUUAAAGGAACCAAACAACAGCGACUUAACCAUGAUAGUUAACUUUCUCCAGAGUCUGAAAUGGCCAGCUCAGGACUGCUUUGAUCUGCAGGGUUAUUUAAGGAUCAAGGUUCCUUCCCUUUGUUCUUUUGUUAUCUCUAAGCCUUUCUAUUCUUUGUGGUUAAAGCAUGCUGACCACUAUGUCUGACUGAUUCAGGGGGCAGGAGGAAGUAGAGUAUGCAGCUGUUUUUCAAGCAUGUGAGAUGUUGCUUUCACCACCUUUGUUCCCAUCCUUAUCCAGACCUUAGUCAUAUGGCUUAGCUGAUGACCUGUGUUUUAUACUAUGCAGCUGAAUGACCAUGUGCUGAGCUAAAAUUUUGCAUAAAAGAGGGAAAGUUAAGGUUUUAUUACAACUGAGGAGGAACCAGGAAACCAAAAAGAAUAAGAAAAUAAAAAGCCAAAAUAUUUGUUCAUUUUGUUUAUUGCUGUGUACCCAACUCCUAGAAGAGUACCUGGCAGGUAUGUACUCAGUCAAUAACUGUUGAAUGAAUGGAUGCACAUAUGUAUGAAUAAACAAUAUGCCAACUGAUAUUAGUUAGAAAUUACUAAAAGAUGUAUCAAUUUAAAUAAUCAAAAUUUGACCAAUUUACACUGAACUUUUCAAAUAAUCCUUGUGAAAUAACACAAGUGAAAUAUUAAUUGCUGUAGUUUAACAAAAUGAAAUAAUUAAAAAUCUUGUUCACUGUUUAUUAUAGAAGUGCUUAGCUAGAUUUAUAUUUUGACAUUAUGUAAGAAAAUUAAACUCUGCAAAUAUUGAAGCAUAAACCUGUCAAAAUAGAUACUUUGGAGUAAUUUUCAAAAAGUAUCUGUUGGUAUUUUAUAACAUACUGCAAAUUCAUUUUAUGUCUGCUAUGAGGCUCUUAGAACAUUCUUUGUUUUUUCUCAGUGAUAGAUUCCUGUGUGAUUUAAGAUAUUUGCCCUUCAGCCUGCUCUUCCGGUACACUCCAAAGUUUAAUUAAAGGCCACUUGCAAUGUU